AUGUAUAAACCUAUUAGUAGUUAUAACGGUAUUAAAAGUACAAUUUGUAGCCAAGUAGAAGUGGGAAAAAUUAUAGCUGACAAAUUGUAUUGUUGUUAUAAAGAUAACAAGAACUGCUCUCUUUCUUCUGACUGCGUUGGUGGCAAUUAUGAAGUAGCCCAAUGCCAUAAUCUCAAUAAGCUUGAUGCUUGUAAAAGAACUGAUUUGGCUGCAAUUCAAGUCUGUGGUAGUUUGCAAAAUAGUUUAUUUUGUUUGUCUAUGGAUGCAAUAGGUAGAAGGGAUCCCAACUAUUACCACUUUCCCAAAGCUGCUGAAUGGAUGAUGAAUCGAAGUACUGAAGUUGAAUCCAAUGUCAUAACGGUUUGUGAUGAUGGAACUAGUUACCGUCCAUGGAAUAAUAGUAAUCCUAUCGGAGUUGCCAAUCUGACCUGUGGUGAUUUAUUUCAAAGUGAACAUCAAUCAAUACUAAGGCCAAAAGUAAUGGAUACAGAAUCUCAAUCUGAUGACAAUACUUCAAUUGUCUCUAUAUUAUCUUUGCUACCUAGCAUCUUUACGAAUUCUGCUAAUUAA